AUGGGAUUAUUAUAUGCAAGCCUUAGCGAAAUCAAACUUACCGAUGUUUUUUUUGCAUUAUCAUCUAUAAUAUGUUUAUAUUUAAUUCAUUUCUAUUAUAAACACUAUACUCGCAUUAAUCCACUCCCUGGUCCAAUACCAAUUCCAUUAAUAGGAAGUUUUGCACUGGUUAAAAAAGAUCUUGAUAUUGAUGCUUUUUAUUAUAAUUUAAGUAAAAAAUAUGGCGGUGAAGGUAUAUACGAAGUAGCUAUUGGUGGCAAGAGACAAAUAUUAUUUACUCGUGCUGAUUAUAUAGAAACCUUUUUUUUAUCAUCCAUUAAUGUUGCUAAUCAUGCAAUAAGAACUGAGAAGGAUGUUCUUUUAGACCUUUUUGAUCUUGAUAGAAAAGGAAUAGCAUUAAACUUCGAUCACCAUAAUUGGAAAUUUAAUCGUGAAAUGUUUACACAGGCUAUUAUGCCAUUAACCUUUUCUCCCAAGCCUAGUAAAUAUGUAAAUGCCUUAUUUGAAGAAAUGUCAAAUUGUUGGAUGGAUUUGAAACCAAAAGGCGAUGCUGCUGGAGUUAUUAAUAUAGCUAGUUGGCUGCGUCGAUUUACAACUGAUUUUAUACACAUUUUGGUAACAGAGAAACGAGGUUUUGCAAUUCAUUAUUAUCAUCGUAAAUUUAAAAAUGAGAUCACAAAAGAGAUGAUUGAAUCUGAAGAGUUUAUUGAAUGUGUAGAUACUUUUGUAUCAGACAAUAUUCCAUAUGUACCACACAUUUUAAAAGAUUUCCCUUUUAUUAGACCUCGUGUGCAGAAAUUGAUAAGAAAUAAUGAUCGUUUUUAUAUAAAAUUAGAAGAUAUUAUCAAAAAAAGAAGAAGAGAAAUUGAAAAAAAUUUUAACAGUAAUGAUAAUUCUAAGCCGAAACAACUUGAUCUAUUAACCUCUAUGAUUAUUGUUAAUACACCAUAUGACACUCGUCCUCCUCAAUCAAAUGUUGAUCCAUCAUUAUUAAGACCAAUGACUGAUAAUGAAAUACGUGGUGUUUUGUUUGAUUGUUUUGUGGCUGGUACAGAUACGAAAUUGUUGGAUGAGAUUGAAUCAGUUUUCAAUGGUGAUCGAACCAGACCAAUAACAUUAACUGAUGUUGGGAAAUUAAAAUACUGCGAAGCAUUAAUUAAAGAAACAACAAGAAUAAGACCUACAGUUGGUAUGAUUUCAAGAUAUUACGAUAGACCUAUGGAAGUAGCAGGAUACAAAUGGCCAAAGAACACUCUAUUUGUGACUUUUCAAAUUGCUUCAGAUCUGGUGAAACAUGCUAAUCUAGCAGAUGGUGUCAUAAAUCCUGAGGAUGUUGAGGCAAAAACAAUGGUCGCUUUAUCACCAAAAAGCAUAAAGAAAUAUGAAUUCCAAGAAUUUGAUAAAAUUAUUGUGAAGAGGUUUUAUAUAGGACCAUGGUCGUUAAAUGAGUCGUUAAUUUGUAAAAAAUAUGUCUUCUCGAGAGUUCCGGUAAUUAUAAUGUUGGAACUUUACAGCAAGACAGGUGGUGUGCCAAAAUAUGUCCUUCAAAAGAUUGAAGAGGCAAUGAAAUAUUAUGACCCAAAGACACUUAAAGAUGAUGAAGAUGAUGCAGACAAGGAUGGUGUAGACAAGCAUACUGCUAUCAUCAGAAAAUAUAAAAUAAAGCACCAAUCAAGAGUUGAAUACAUCCUAACUCCAGAAGAAUUUUCAGAUCAUAAUGAAGGAAACAAGGUUAUCCUACCAUCAAAAUCAAAUUUUGGUGCAGCAGAUCUAUUUGUUACUCCUGACAAUAUCUUUCAAAUAACAGUGCCAAAAAAACAUCCCAUCAAGCAGGAAAACAACAUUCCUUCUAAAAAUAUUAGCAAAUGGUGUCGUCCUUCAAAGAAUUCACAUCAUAACUUGGUUUCUGCCUGA